AGCGAGUGCGAGACUUCCUGUUAUGUGUGUGUGACAGCUAGUGAUAAGUAGAGGGCCCUGCACAGGAAAUCCGCUCAGCUUCUGCAAUGUGACCUGCCCGAGACUUGGGAGCUCCCUCAGUGUGGAUGUCGAUGGCAGGACAAAGGGGCGCCUGGACUAUGGGCGACGACGUGGUAGAGAAGAGUUUGGAAGGGCCCCUGGCACCCGCUGCAGAUGAGCCCUCCCAGAAAAGGGGAGAUACGGUGGAAAUCUUAAAUGAGGAGAAGGUGAAAUUUGAUGAUGCGGAACUCUCCUUAAUUCUUCAGAAUGGCCUGGAGACCCUCCGAGUGGAAAAUGCUCUGACAGAUGUCAUCUUGUGUGUGGACAUCCAGGAAUUCUCCUGCCACCGCGUGGUGCUUGCCGCGGCCAGCAACUAUUUCAGGGCCAUGUUCUGCAACGACUUAAAGGAAAAGUACGAGAAGAGGAUCGUUAUUAAAGGGGUGGACGCCGAGACCAUGCACACUCUCCUGGACUACACGUACACCAGCAAGGCGCUGAUCACCAAGCAGAAUGUGCAGCGGGUCCUGGAAGCUGCCAACCUCUUUCAGUUCCUGCGGAUGGUGGAUGCCUGUGCCAGCUUCCUCACGGAAGCCUUGAACCCGGAAAACUGUGUGGGCAUUCUGAGGCUGGCAGACACACACUCCCUGGACACUCUCAAGAAGCAGGUUCAGAGUUACAUCAUUCAGAACUUUGUGCAGAUUCUGAACUCCGAGGAGUUCCUUGAGCUUCCUGUGGACACUCUGUACCACAUCUUGAAGAGUGACGACCUGUACGUGACGGAGGAGGCUCAGGUGUUUGAGACGGUGAUGAGCUGGGUGAGGCACAAGCAGUCAGAACGUCUCUGCCUGCUCCCCUGCAUCCUGGAGAACGUGCGCUUGCCGCUUCUGGACCAGUGGUACUUUGUGGACAUGGUGGAGGCCGAUCCUCUCAUCAGGCAGUGCCCAGAGGUCUUCUCGCUGCUCCAGGAAGCCAGGAUGUACCACCUUUCUGGCAACGAGAUCAUUUCGGAGCGCACCAAGCCCAGGAUGCAUGAGUUCCAGUCCGAGGUGUUCAUGAUCAUCGGCGGCUGCACCAAGGACGAGCGAUUUGUGGCAGAGGUAACCUGCCUGGACCCCCUGCGGCGCAGCCGCCUGGAGGUGGCCAAGCUCCCCUUGACCGAGCAGGAGCUGGACAGUGAGAAUAAGAAGUGGGUGGAGUUUGCAUGCGUGACGUUAAAAAAUGAGGUCUACAUCUCAGGUGGCAAAGAAACCCAGCACGAUGUUUGGAAAUACAAUUCCUCCAUCAACAAGUGGAUUCAGAUUGAGUAUUUAAACAUAGGCCGCUGGAGGCACAAGAUGGUGGUGCUGGGCGGCAAGGUCUACGUCAUCGGAGGGUUCGACGGCUUGCAGAGGAUCAACAACGUGGAGACCUAUGACCCCUUCCACAACUGCUGGUCCGAGGUUGCCCCCCUCCUCGUCCACGUCAGUUCCUUUGCAGCCACCAGCCACAAGAAGAAGCUCUACGUGAUAGGGGGUGGGCCCAAUGGGAAGCUAGCCACUGACAAGACGCAGUGCUACGACCCUUUGACGAAUAAGUGGACUUUGAAGUCGGCCAUGCCGGUGGAGGCGAAAUGCAUCAACGCAGUGAGUUUCCGGGACCGCAUCUAUGUUGUCGGCGGGGCCAUGAGAGCCCUGUAUGCCUACAGCCCCCUCGAGGACAGCUGGAGCUUGGUCACCCAGCUCAGCCACGAGCGCGCCAGCUGCGGCAUCGCGCCCUGCAACAACCGCCUGUACAUCACCGGCGGGCGGGACGAGAAGAACGAGGUCAUCGCCACGGUGCUGUGCUGGGACCCCGAGACCCAGAAGCUGACGGAGGAGUGCGUCCUGCCCCGGGGAGUGUCUCAUCACGGCAGCGUCACCAUUAGGAAGUCCUACACCCACAUUCGGAGGAUCGUGCCAGGCGCAGUGUCUGUGUGACCGCGGAGGAACCCGGAGGGGGGCCCCACCCGCUGCAUCCCCUGUCGGAGCCUGCCCUGAGGUCACAGCUCUGAGACCCUUGAGACAAGCCAGGAGUGUGUGCUCACCUACCUCAGGAGGGACGGCGUGGAGAUGAACACUGAAUGACGUUCGGGACAUACCUGCCCAUGCCAGGUCCCAUGCUUGGCAUUUCUUAUACCACUUCGUUCAACCCCGAUGACUGUCUGGGGCCUGGAUACUGUCACUCCUGACUACAGAGGGGAAACCAAGUACUGGAGAGGCUACGUGACUCUCCCCAGCUCUCUCAACAAGUGCUAAGCCUGGAGUCGGUACCCAGGUCUUCCCAUCUGGGUCAGGGUCCUUCCUUCCACACUGCCCAGUUCGGAGCAGGAAAACCAAAACCCAAGCCCCAGCCCAGCUCAGGUCUUGUUCUUCAAGUGGUAAAAGAUUCACGCUGAGUGGCAGGAAGGCGUUUCUUCUUCCCUCCUCUCUUUUAUCUCUUGUUUGUAAACUGUACACAAUCCAUGGUGUCAGAGCCCUUGGGCUCCCUGUCUAGAGCACCUCGUAGGCUCCUCCGAGGAGCAGGUCUGCGCGGAUGGUUCUGGGAAGGAGUGUUUGGUUUGGAAGAGAUGAAAGACUCGUGUUCUGGUCUCCUCUUUCUCUGAUCACAGAACGGCCUGCUUUGGAUUAGAUCGGUCCUUACCAGACAAAACCACCUUCACCACGGCCUGGAGCCGUGGCGUCUUCGCGUCCACCCGUUGUACUGUGUUAUAGAAAAACGAUUUCCAGAGGACUCAGCUGAUGUUUUCUACAAAUGCAAUCAACUUAACACUGCUGGCCACUGCAGGAAUUACAGAUUUUUCUUGGCAGUGUUCCUUCUAUUUUUUAGACAGUGACUUGUGUCUAUGUUCCCGCCACCUCCUAGAACCUUUGUUUUCAGGACCCUUUAAAGCUCUUCUCCUUGGGUUUAGGAUCAGUGCGGCUUGAUUUUGAUUCAAAGGACAGAGGCUGCCCUUCACUCUUAAAAAGAAGGGCUUUCAAGUGAGCUCACUGGAAAUGCAUUCUAAUCCCUGAGGUGGGGAAACUGGUUAAGAGAUCCUGUUUCACAUGCUGUAGUUAAAACAUAGUAACGGCAUUAUCAAAGGUACUUUAUUUUGGUCGUAUGAUUUCAAUUCUUUUUUAAGAGCUUUAUUCAUGCCACAGGGAGGCGUAUUUUGCAUGCACCUCUCAACAGUUUGGCAAGUUAUAAGGGAUGUUAGCGAUGAUCUUGGACUUAAUUUUCAUGAAUAAAUUAUGGUCAGAAGGACCUGAUGUUCAAAACAGAUUUUUAAGAACUUGGAAAAUGACAAGUGAGAUUUCUGUUUAUGCCUAGAUUGUUGAGGACAAAUACAAAUGUGUGUGAAUGUGUCGAAUUUUCUGUGUCUGAGCAUUGGUGGGGCAGGUCAGCUCCCUGCUAAGAAAAGGGAGAUGUGACCAUAAAAAAUGUGUUUGUGAACAUUCAGAACACAUUGUGCCCUGUGCACAAGCAGUAAGCACUAAUAACCUCUGUGAUGCCCUCAGCUGAAACAAUUUCAUUUAGUUCAAUCCAGCAAUUUCAUCUCAUUCAAUUCCUGCUUGUCAAGCUGUGGGGACACAGAAGAAUGUCAAAUUCUCAUCCUAGAGACAUUCCGUAAAUGGGUAUAUAGGCCACCAGUCAAUAUUCUAAUUUUUCUUUUCUUUAACAUACUCAUAGCUGCAAUGAGAUGCAUACAAAGUUAGGAGGCUGCAUCUGAGUGCUGAUUGCCUCUUGGUGGUGGUGGGGUCUCCUCUGAAAGCCGUGCACCUAGGUCAGCCAGCAAUAGUGGCUUCCAUGUUUGUCUCUUUACAAUCGUCCUUGGAAGCCAUUGUGAGCCACAGGAAAAAUCAGUCUUAGUCCAAAGGGUAUUUGAGGAAAGAGCUCCCAAAGAAGAAAUCCAGGGACCACAUUAUUGGCAUAGAUGGAGAACCUUCACUCAAAAAGAGAACCUUCCCUCUCUGGAAGUGGAUGGGUAUCUUUUGAUAAGAGCAAUCAGCAAAUUUUGAGCUCCUUGGUAUGCUGGGAAGAUGAGGAUUUCGGAUCUCUGAGUUAUAAACCUGAUUCUGAAUGCUCUUGUCAAGUUUUAGGACUAGCUGGGGUUACCUAAAUGCACCUGAAGAAGGACUCUGAAGUUUAUGACACCAGAUAAGCAGGUGAACUGUGUUAAAAUCACAGGUACCUGCACCCAAGAAAUGGGAGUUCUCAUGGUGACACAGAGUAGGGGCAGAUAGCCCUAUUCAGAAGAUCUAGACUUCUAUAUUUGAGCCUGUCUGUAACUUUCAGGGAAAGACAAGUUGAAGUCAUCUGGGGGCAACUUAGGUAGGUAGAGUCAUAGGGAUCAGUCUUCUAGGCCCUCAGUCAGAAUGGGAGCUCUAAUUUCCAUUCCAUAAUCAUCCCCACAUCAUCACCAUCAUCAUCCCAACCGGCACCAAGCUAACUGUUCUAACCCACGCCAUAGGUGUGGGGAGAGCCAAGGUGGGACUAACCCAGAAACAAAGAUCUCUAGGACUCCGGCAGGACACAGCAGGACACCCUGACAGCAGGCUGGAUGCUGGGCAGGCCCUCGAGUGGGCAGAACACCCUUGGCGGAGGAGAAGAAGGGGUCAGAGGAGGACGCAGAGGUCACUUCUAGGGAUGAGGAUCUGAAAACUUAUCACGGGCCUGGAGUUUGUGAGCAUGACUCUUGUCCCAAGAAGGGUAGGGAGAAUAGGGAAGAGGGAACCCUUUCCUUAAGAUGUGGGCACAAGUCAGACAGGACUAGCAGGUGGCUAGCAGGUGGGCCAGUUUUCUGAGCCGUCCAGCUGGGCCUCCUCUCCCAAUGGACCCAGAGGGAACGAGGCCCAGAGUCUCUGAUGGAGGAGAAUCGGUAGAUGAGGUCAAAGUGCGCCAGUUGCCAAGGCUGGUCUGAAAUAGGCAGUUGGGCUCACCAAAAUACCAACAGAUAGUUGUUCUCCUUUUAGCAUUCAUGCAUUCUGGUCUCAGUGCUUUCAGGAUACACACACACACACACACACACACACACACACACACACACACACACACACACAGAAUGGAACUCAAAGCAAACCAUGCUCUCAGGGAAUAUAAUUUUCAUUGUCUUAUAGUUGUGAAAGGAUAGCUUUGCUAUUUAUAGAAGUCCUUGAGUUAUCACUGUUGAUUACUUAUCCUGGUUGAUUCUUUAAAAUGCAAAUACUCAGUGGAAUCUUUACAAUGGGUAGAUGCCACUGGAAUUUUUUAUGUAAAGCUCUUUUUCCAUGCAGUAUUAGAUCUCAUAAUCUGAAGCUUUUCAGGGAAAGACCUUCAUGGAAAUCCACCUAUGUCUCUAAGCAUUUUGGUUACAUGAAUUUGUAUUUUUUUAAGCACUCAAAGUAAGGAUAUUGUUUAUAGGUUUAAAAAGUUUUUAUUUAUUCAAUAAAAUAUGUCUGAAAUGGA